AUGCCACUUGGUCACCGUCGCCGCCGCGCCGCCCCGGCCACCUGCCGCUGCCGCCCCUGCCUCCGCCGGGCUCAGGGGCCUGGCCAUCGAUCGCGGGCGGCCAGCAGGUGCCCCGGCAGCGCGCCCCGCCUCCGCCUCCGCCCCCGCCACCCUCGCCACCCUCGCCACCGCCGUUCGCCCGGUGUUUAUAUUGCGGGCUGGCCGAGCGCCUCCGGUCGUCGUCGUUGGGUGACGCUGCUUCUUCCGCCCGCCCCUUCCGCGCUUUCGCGCCCUCACAUCACUUCACGUCCUCUCACGUCCCCUCACCUCCCCCCAACACCGUUCUUCCGUCGCUGUCUCGCUGGGCUCGAGCGCGUGGCUUUCUCUGCCCUCGCGGAAUCGCAGCACACGGCGAGGGGAAUCCGUGGAAUCUCCAUGCAGUGGCUGAGAACAUCCGGCGGAAGGUCUCGGAUAUCUAAAUUCUGCGGCGCGGGUUCCGGGCGAAGUACCUGCGCUGGUUGUCCCGUGUUGGAUUCUCGAGAUCGUGGAGUUGGGAUCCAGAAGCAAGCAAGGGAUUUCGCAGUGCGCAAUCGUUUAUAUAUAUCGAACUUUGCCGAAGAGCGACGCCAGCUGCUGGAGGUGGUGGGUCCCGAACUGCAGAGCAAAUAUGACCACAUCGGGCUGGAGGUGGAGCUGGUGGACAUGCACUUUGGCGCCGAGACGGACCCCUCAUUGGACGCGCCGCUCUUCGAGGACCACCUGCACGAGGUGCGCGCGUGCCACCGCGUCUCCCGCGGCUGCUUCUUCAUGUGCUUGGUGGGCAACAAGUACGGGCCGGUGCCGCUGCCCGCGCGCCUGGACGGGGAUGUGUACGAGGCGCUGUACGCGGCCGCCGUCGACAUGGGGCUGAAGGCCGGCCUGCUCGACACCUGGUACGGCCGCAACGACACAGCCUACAGAGAAUUUUUCUUUUAUCGUAAUCAUUUUUAUUGUUAUUGCGUGAUGUUAUCACUCAAAAUGUUAUAUAAGAAAAAAUAA